UGUUUGAUAAAAAUCCAUCCCUCAUCUGUGCACUUCCCUCUCAUCCCUCACCACAAUCCAAAUAGCAGGACGCGGUAAGGGUGGUGAUAUGUGGUUCUCGCCUGCAGGAUGCUUGCAGAUGUCGCUCAAGAUCCACAUUGGGCUAAAAGGGUCUUUGUCGGGUCCAGCAGGCCUAACAAUCCUUCCCUCCAACCUCGUAUCCACCCAAUACCUCUAUGCACUGGCCAUAAUCAACACAUGCCACGUACUAGACCCCACCCAAUAGGUCCACAAAGUCCAUCUCAAAUGCCCAAAUAACAUUUAUGCCCUCUUCCCGUCCUCCAAACCGACAUUAAAGCCAGAACAGGUGAAAAUUGGCA